GUGCUGGUGGCGGUGUCCCUGUCGCUCCUGUCGCCGGGCAAACGGAGGAUGAGUGAGCAAGCAAAGGGCUCGGCAUCCGCUUGUGCUGCGGCCCCGUCAACAACAGCAGCAGCAACUGCAGGAGCAACAGCAGCAGCAGCUGCAGCAGCUGCAGGCUCGGAUACUUAUAAAGGUUGGCUUUUUAAAUGGACCAACUAUCUGAAAGGGUACCAGCGGCGAUGGUUCGUCCUAAGCAACGGCCUGCUGUCUUAUUACAGGACACAGGCGGAAAUGGCACACACAUGUCGUGGGACCAUCAAUCUGGCCACUGCUCACAUCGACACAGAGGAUGCCUGCAAUAUUGUCCUGAGCAGCAGUGGCCGCACAUACCACCUGAAGGCUAGUACUGAAGUGGAGCGCCAGCGAUGGAUCACGGCUCUGGAGUUGGCUAAAGCUAAAGCCAUUCGCAUGAUGAAUGACCAGUCGGAUGACUCAGGAGACGAGGAGCCGGCAUCCCAAUCGGACCGCAGUGAGAUUCAGGGAACUUUAAAGAUACUAGUCAGCAAGCUUGAUGACCUCAGCACAUGCAAUGACUUGAUUGCCAAGCACGGGGCGGCCUUGCAACGUUCUCUCAGUGAACUCGAGGGCCUGAAAGUUCCCGUGGAAGGAGGCGAGAAAAUCAAAGCAGUCAACGAGCGAGCCACCCUCUUCCGUAUCACUUCCAAUGCUAUGAUCAAUGCUUGUCGAGAUUUCCUAGACCUGGCUGAGACUCACAGUAGAAGGUGGCAGCGGGCACUGCAGUAUGAGCGAGAGCAGCGUAUCCACCUGGAAGAGACCAUCGAGCAGCUAGCCAAGCAGCACAACAGUCUGGAGCGAGCGUGGAGAGCAGCACCGACACUUUCAUCCACUACACCCAGCGCCCCGACCAACAAGAAGGGGGGUGAAAGGCCGCUCAAAGGAGAGGCGAGUGAUGAAGAUGAGGAUACUGAGUACUUUGAUGCCAUGGAAGAUUCCCCUGCUUUUAUCACAGUGACUGCCACAGACAACACACAGCACAGGCGAUCUCAGACUAGUUUGAGUGGAGCAAGCGGAGGCAAUUCCUACGACUGGAACCAGGACGACCAUAUGUCUCCGAGCUAUAACGAUGUGUCAGGGAAGGAGCUGCAGCCACGCAGACAACGGCGGACUCGUGUCCCUGACAAGCCUAACUACUCCCUCAAUUUGUGGAGCAUCAUGAAGAACUGCAUUGGCAAGGAGCUCUCCAAAAUUCCCAUGCCUGUCAACUUCAACGAGCCUCUGUCAAUGCUGCAGCGACUGACUGAAGACUUGGAGUAUCACGAGCUACUGGAUAAGGCGGCGCGCUGUGACUCCUCUCUGGAGCAAAUGUGUUUGGUUGCUGCCUUUUCCAUUUCUUCUUACUCCACGACUGUCCACCGGACAGCCAAACCCUUCAACCCGCUUCUGGGAGAGACCUACGAGCUCGAUCGCCUCGAGGAGUUUGGCUACCGUUCACUGUGUGAGCAGGUGAGCCAUCAUCCACCUUCAGCUGCACAUCAUGUCAUUUCUCAACGAGGCUGGACCUUGUGGCAGGAAAUUACAAUUGCGAGCAAGUUCCGUGGAAAAUACCUCUCCAUAAUGCCUCUGGGCGCAAUUCAUCUGCAAUUCCACGCUAGCGGCAACCACUACGUGUGGAGGAAAGUCACGUCCACGGUGCACAACAUCAUUGUGGGCAAGCUGUGGAUCGAUCAGUCAGGGGACAUUGAGAUAGUGAAUCACAGGACCAAAGAGACCUGCCAACUGAAAUUCUUGCCGUACAGUUAUUUCUCCAGGGACGUUCCUCGGAAGGUGACGGGCGUGGUGGCUGACAGUGUCGGCCAAGCUCAUUACAUCCUGUCUGGUACGUGGGAUGAGAAAAUGGAGAGUGCCAAGAUCAUUCAGAGCAGCCGAGGUGGUAGUGGAUCCGAAGGCAAGCAGAAGACCAUCUACCAGACUCUGUCCCACAAACUUUUGUGGAAGAAGUAUUCUCUCCCAGAGAAUGCUGAGAACAUGUACUACUUCUCAGCGCUGGCGCUGACCCUGAACGAGUCGGAAGAUGGAGUUGGUCUGACCGACAGCCGUUUGAGACCUGACCAGAGGCUGAUGGAAGAAGGUCGAUGGGAUGAAGCCAAUUCAGAGAAACAAAGGUUAGAAGAGAAACAAAGAGCCGUGAGAAGGAGGAGAGAAGCGGAGGCCUCAGAUGCUCUCGAUGAAGGUCGAGAAUACGAAUGCUACCAGCCGCUGUGGUUUCAGCGGAGGAGGGACUCGGUCACUGCAGAAACAAACUUUGUAUACAAAGGGGGCUACUGGGAGGCCAAGGAGAGGCAGGAAUGGACCAUGUGUCCCGAUAUAUUCUAAUGCAGAACGCUUCCCCCACAUCAGAAUCUCAGGAGACACGGAGCUGCUCGGCCUGGGCUUCUUCAACAGUGCGGUGUAGCAGGUUUAUGAGCUCUAAGUGGAGCGUUGUGAGAUGGUGAAUGUGACAACUUCCUUUUUUUGUACCUCCAAACGUACACUCGGACUGCUUUACAGAUGAUGGGCUGAUCCUUGUCCCAGUGCGCGGAUGUGUGAUUCUGUCGGAGGUGUAAAAUCACACUAUGAAUGCACCUGAUGAGUUUCCUAAAAACAGAAUGCAAUUGUCAAAAGUGCAACAGGAGAUAUGUCCAAACAAUGUCAGUCUUCAAGUGAGUUACAGUAAGCAUCGUUUGUAAAGCUAGACUGAAUUUUCUGUCUUUGAGUUCUAAUUUGCGCUCAUGUAAUUAACUUGGAAGAAAUUGGUGCAGUCUAUUUGUUCGUAGUUGGUCAACAGGACACGACAGGUUUUAAUCCGAUUUUAAAAUUACAUAUAGGAAGUACUGUGUCAUUUAAUGAAACUGUCAUGAAUCUAAUUUUCACAGUAAAUGUUCAUAAGGUUCAUCACGUUUUUAUGAAUUACUUAAAAUAAUUAUUUCAGGUCCCCCAGUCGGAUAGAACGAGUUUGCUUUUGUUCUAACAAACUAUGAUGACAUCCUUUAAUGAAUAAUACGUAUAAUAAAAAUUGCUUUUAGAGGCAAAUUUUGGUUGAAACAAAUGUGGUUUAACGUCAACGGUGGAGGAAUUGAAAGUGAUAGAAAUUGUUUUUCAGCUCUGUAUUUUGUAUUAUUCAUGUCGACUUGCAAACACAGUGAGACUGUCGGAAUUCUGCAUUUCAUUUCCUGCGCAUGGAAUUACUACUAGAGAUUAACCUGAUCUGAGUCUGUCUUCGCAAGUGUUUAGUAGGAAAGUAAAGGAAACAGGCUUGAUUGUGAAGUCCCUUGAGCAAUCCUUUUUUUUUUUUUCAUCUUCUUACUGAAUUUCCUGUAUUUUUAGGAACAAGUAAAAGUCACUUUUCCCUGG